AUGAUAAUAUUUUUAAGCGAGUUGCAAAAGGAACAUCUUAGCUUAUUACAUCCACAUUCCACACAAGUGCUAAUUGAUUUUUGCAAAUUGGCUUUGGAUUACUUAAAUAAUGGUGCUAAUCAUAAGAAAUACAAUAUAGCUGCAGAAAAGCUUGACAUAACUGUAACAGCUGUACAAAAUAUGGUUCAUGCCUUGGUGUAUCUUAUAGUAGAGGCAUGUAGAUUAAAUUUAUCAGAAUCGGAUUUUAAGUCAUCAAUGGCUAUAGCAGGCUUUUCAACAGAACAACAAGAGGUUUUGGCAAAGUUAUACAACACUAAAAAAACAGAACUAUCAGAUGCUUUGUAUUUGUUGCAACAAAAGGAUCCCACUUAUCAGGACUUAGCUUGGCGAUUUGAGAUUCAAGUAGCCUCACGAAAUCACGACAUUGAUGUGAAACCAGUAAUAGCAAUGGAUUUUAUGAUCAUGGAAGCAAAAAACUAUGGACAACAUAUUGAAACUAGUAACAAAAUUGGUUUAAGUAAAACGAAAGAUGCCAGAAAUAUGUCUGAAAUUUAUAUAGAUUCUAGUAUUCAAGAAGCGAAAGCUGCUAGUCAUUGUCAGAAUAUUGUUAGUCACGUUUUAUUGCAGUGUGAUUUACCAAACUUACAACACUUAACUAAUAAACUGGAACAAGCAUUAAAAGAAUCUAAAAGUCAGCAUGUUCGUAAAGUACAAAGAUCUCUGUAA